AUGGGGUUUGGUGAAAAAUGGUGCUCUUGGAUGUAUCAAUGUAUGUCAACGGCUUCUAUUUCAGUUUUACUAAAUGGUACUCCUACAGACAGAAUUCGCACAGAAAAAGGACUUGGACAGGGUUGCUCGUUAUCCCCCUUGUUAUUCAAUUUGGGUGGUGAAUUGCUUCAUUUGUUGUUAACUAAAGCAGUGGAUAUGGGAUUGUUUUCGGGCUUUGAGUUGGGGGUUCAAGAAAGUUCUUUCAAGCUAUCGCAUUUGCAGUUUGCGGAUGACCUUAUUAUUCUUUCCAAAGCUUCAAUCCGGGAUUUGAAGAAUAUUAGAAGGGUUUUACUGAUCUAUGAGAUAUUGGAGGUGCUAGCUGGUUGGUCUAAUGAAAUUGGCUGCUCAGUGGGUAAUUUUCCAACAGAGUAUCUAGGAUUGCCUUUGGGGUCCAAGAGAAACUCUGUUGCAAUGUGGGAGUCAAUAGUACAAAGGUUUCAUAAUAAGUUGACUGGUUGGAAGAAUUCCAAAAGUUUUGUUGCAGAAAUUAAAUUCAAUCAUGGCUGCAUUUUUAUGGGGGGUUCGACAGAUAGAAGAAACAUACAUUGGGUGAUCUGGAAUUUGGUCAAUAAACUGAGAAGGUUGAGGGGUUUAGGGAUUCUGAAUUUAGACAUUCUGAACAGAGCACUGAUGGGAAAGUGGGUUUGGAAGUUUGUCUCUGAAAAGGAUUCUUGGUGGAAGAGGGUGGUUUGUUGUGUGAACAAUUUGGAUCUGAAUUCUAAAAUGUUGGGGAAUACUUCGACAGCUCGACCCUCUUGGAUUUGGAGAUGUGUGAUUAAUAACUUCUUUUCUAGUGAUGAGUUUAGAGAUUGCAUUAGGAGAAACUUGCGUUUGAAAGCUGGAAAUGGGCAUUCUGUGGAGUUUUGGCAUGAUAUUUGGUUGGGAGAAGUCCCUCUUAAAGACCUGUUCCCUAGAUUUUUUGACGUUGUGCGAAUUCCUUUUGACUCCCUAGUGGGUGACUUAACUCUUGCUGAUUCGAUUGGUAGACAUGAAAAAAGUGGAUCCAAACCUACUUGUUGGGUUCCUCCUCCAGACGGGUUCGUAAAGAUUAAUGUUGAUGGGGCGAUAGAGAGUGGUUGGAAUAAAGGUGGUAUAGGUGGACUCAUAAGGGAUAGCAGAGGUGUGUUGAUUCACUGGUUUUCUGAUAAGGUUGGGGGAAGACCUCCGAUUAUGGCAGAAUUAUUGGCGAUAAAGAGGGGGUUGUACAUGUUGUCUGAUUCAGGAAUUGGUCUUAAUAUGAGGAUUAUUUUAGAAUCGGAUUCAAGUAAUGCUUUGUAG